AUGUCCCGUUCAACCCCCCGCCGACGCGGCGGCCACGCCCGCCACUCCUCAACCCAAGGCAACGGCCCCCGGCCCGUCCAGUCAGACUACGAGUCCGACGCGGCGCACUACAUCGACUCCCACCCGGUCCCAGACCCGAACCCGGCCCUCUUCAACCGCACAAACACGGACCUCAACCUCUCCGUCCUACGCCGCUACCUCCCCUCCAUAAACUCCACCCUCUCCAUCGCCGCCAACGCCGUCGUCUACACAUUCAACCCAACCCUCCCCGGCUGGGACAAGACGGGCAUCGAGGGAACAUACUUCCUCUGUAUGCAGGACCCCGUCCCCGGCUCCGCCUCGAAUCCGCGCGCCUGCAUCUUCGUCCUCAACCGCCGCGGUCUAGAAAACGUCAUCCUUGACCUCAGUGAAGUAGACGACUUUGAGGUCAUGGAUGAGAUUUACAUCUUCCGCCUGCGGACCAGCACCGAAGAGGCGGAGGAGGGCACCAACAAAGUCAUGGGCAUCUGGAUCCACGCCGACAAGGAGGACACGCGCGUUAUGAACGCCGCCCUCAUCUCCGAGACCCUCAAGCACGUCCGCCUCGCCGAGAAGCAGAACGCCCUUGCCGGUGGCAGCGGCGGUCCCGGUGGCGCUGGUGGUUUGGGCGGCCCUGCGCAGGAAGAGGAGCUGGGGCCCGCGAUGCAGGCCAUUGGGCGGAAGCUGAGCUUGAGCGACCUGUUUGGCGCGCAGAAUGGCGUCCAGGGCUAG